AGGGGUGCGGCCUCAUAGGGCGCCGCCCACACUCUUAAGGCUGGCCUGGGGCUGGUGUCCUAGUGUAGCUGAGAGAGCCCCGCGGAAUAACAGAGCUUCGCCAUGGCGCUGCUGCGAGGUGUGUUUAUCGUCGCUGCGAAGCGAACACCCUUCGGAGCUUACGGGGGCCUUCUCAAGGACUUCUCUGCUACUGACUUAACUGAAUUUGCUGCCAGGGCUGCCCUGUCUGCUGGCAAAGUUCCACCUGAAACCAUUGACAGUGUCAUCGUGGGCAAUGUCAUGCAGAGCUCUUCAGAUGCGGCGUACCUGGCAAGGCAUGUGGGAUUGCGAGUGGGAAUCCCCAUAGACACUGGAGCCCUCACCCUCAACAGGCUCUGUGGCUCUGGUUUCCAGUCCAUCGUGAGCGGAUGUCAGGAAAUCUGUUCGAAAGACGCUGAGGUUGUCUUGUGUGGAGGAACGGAGAGCAUGAGCCAGGCCCCCUACUGUGUCAGAAACGUGCGCUUUGGGACCAAGUUUGGAUUAGAUCUCAAGCUGGAAGAUACUUUGUGGGCAGGAUUAACGGAUCAACAUGUUAAGCUCCCCAUGGGAAUGACUGCAGAGAACCUUGCUGCAAAAUACAACAUAAGCAGAGAAGACUGUGACAGAUACGCCUUGCAGUCCCAGCAGAGGUGGAAAGCUGCUAACGAGGCCGGCUACUUUAAUGAGGAGAUGGCACCCAUUGAGGUGAAGACGAAGAAAGGCAAACAGACCAUGCACGUGGACGAGCACGCCCGGCCCCAGACAACCCUGGAGCAGCUGCAGAAGCUCCCGCCCGUGUUCAAGAAAGACGGGACGGUCACGGCAGGGAAUGCCUCGGGGGUGUCUGACGGUGCUGGGGCUGUCAUCAUAGCCAGCGAAGAUGCCGUCAAAAAACAUAACUUCACACCCCUGGCCAGAGUCGUGGGCUACUUUGUGUCUGGAUGUGACCCUGCUAUCAUGGGUAUUGGUCCAGUCCCUGCUAUCAGUGGAGCAUUGAAGAAAGCUGGGCUGAGUCUUAAGGACAUGGAUUUGGUAGACGUGAAUGAAGCUUUUGCUCCUCAGUUCUUGGCUGUUCAGAAGAGCUUGGAACUUGACCCCAGUAAAACCAAUGUGAACGGAGGCGCCAUUGCCCUGGGUCACCCGCUGGGGGGCUCUGGAUCUAGAAUCACUGCACACCUGGUUCAUGAGUUAAGGCGUCGAGGUGGGAAAUACGCAGUGGGAUCGGCCUGCAUUGGAGGUGGUCAAGGCAUCGCCCUGAUCAUCCAGAACACAGCCUGAGGGAUCACAAGGUCACCGCCCACGCUUCCUUGGCCCUGGCCCAGAACACAGGUGACCUUCGAGUCGGCACUGCUGUGACAGUGAUUGCAUUUGACCAAGCCUUGAUGGGACAAAUGCAUUAGGGUCUGUCUACUUCAUACCUGCCUUACAUGUGUUAGAACAAAAAGACCAACCAUCGGAGGGCUUAAGAGAAAUGGUGUAUAUGGUCAAUAGCCACCACUGUAUGCCUUACAUGAUGUAAUUACAAACUGAAUAAAUGUCGCCUUAACUCCA